AUGAGUAAACCGCAUCUUCGGCUUAGCCCCAGGGCCCUCAGCCCUGCGAGGUGGAGAUACACCUGCUGCCUUUGCAUCCCGUUCCAGCAGCAGCAGCAGCAGCUGCAGCAGCAGCAGCUGCAGCAGCAGCAGCAACAGCAGCAGCAGCAGCAGCAGCAACAACAGGAGCAGGAACGAGCUUUUUGCAGCAGCAGAUACGCACAAGCGGCGUUACCCUCACUUACUAAGGCUAACAUCACUUGUUUUGGGGUGUAUAUGCACCUCAACAGCGCCCAGACACUUCUAAGUUUAUCGAGCAGAAGCCGCCUUCACUGGUGGGAUAUUAAGCCCUCUGGGGUGUAUAUACAGCUGGGGCUGCGCUCAGCCUCACAGCUUCCUCGUCGCUCUGUUUGUAUACCUGCAGAUACAGCUGACAGGGACCAUGUUCUGCUUAGUAAAGAGCGCUUAGAUCAGCUGCUGCUGGCAGAGAUAACAGAAUUUGCUCUGAGGCCCUCGCGGCCCCUCACCUUGGAGCAAAUAGCCUUCCUUAAUCAAUCGCAGCAGCAGCACCACCAGCAGCAGCAGCAGCAGCAACAGCAGCAGCAGCAGCAGCAGCACGAGCAGGAACGACAGGCGCAGCAGGAUGAGCAGCAGCGACAGGACCAGCAGCAAGCGCUGCCUGAGGUAGACAGCAGCAACCGCAGCAGCUCAACUCCUGCUUCUGCUUCUGCUGCUGCUGCAGCAGUAGAUUCUGCUGCUGCUGCUGCUGCUGUUGCUGCUGCUGCUGCCCGUUCCACUGCUUCUUGUCGUGCAGUACUAUCAAUGGAUGAUUUAAGCGGCCUGGCAUGCCCCUCUGGGGGCCUCUCUGGGGGCCCCUCUGGGGGCCCCUCUAUGAGCGCCUCUGGGGGCCCCUCUAGGGGCCCCACUAUGGGUACCUCUGGGGGCCCCUCUAGGGGCCCCUCUAUGGGUACCUCUGGGGGCCCCUCUAUGGGCGCCUCUGGGGGCCCCUCUAGGGGCCCCUCUGGGGGCCCCUCUGAGGCGCUUCGGUACGUGGGGGCCCCCCUUCAGUCGAUAUCUUUUGGCGAGUUUUUGCAUCAUGAGCUGCCUGUUCGCUUUGCUUCGCGAGUGAAGCAGCUGGAGGCCCUUCCUCUCUUUCAUACGGAGCCCUUAGUUAUGCAUGUACGUGCGGCCCCCCAGUUUAGAUAG